AUGCCCUUAGAGCCGGAUCAUGAUCAAACAGACAGGUGGCGGGCUAAGCGCAGGAAGCUCGACUCGGAUGAUAAUAGGGAGGGACUCCAGAGCCUCCGGUAUGGGCAGUAUGGUCAAGUCGUUCCCGGAACCCUGAAAAUGGAGUUGGCUGGUUGCGAUGGAGGCACGUACGAACCCGAGGGCGACAGUUCAUGGCCAGAAAACAUCCUUCGAAAUGACUCGUCUGUCUACUGCACAAAAUCAGACCGCUGUAAUCUGAUCCUGAAACACCGGGGGGGAACUCCGUUCUGUCUGAAUAAGCUUGUUAUCAAAGCGCCCAAGUCUGGCUACGACGCCCCGAUACAAGCAGGAAUGGUCUUCGUCUCCAUGUCAUCCGACGAACUCCUUGCUCGUACGGCUCAACAUCAGAUCCAGUACACCAGCUCAAAUAAUAAUUAUCGUGGUCAUCGCCGUAUAGGAAUGCAGCUGUCACAAGAAUACUUGAAUUCUUAUCGAACGCCUUUACAGACACUAGAUCGGGAAGCCCUAGCCGGCUUUGAUACCACAUCGGAGUCGGAUACGGACGCCAGUGAAAACACAUGCGGAUCUCCUAGCCACGAGACAGAUCUGCCAGGGGACUUUCAUGUUACCCUAGAGUAUGAUGAGCGUCCGGAAAUUAAUGAGCACGAAAGGCCCGGAGGAGAUUUCUCAUCGCGCCAAAAUUCUCAAAUGACGAGAUUGGAAAGAAUGGCUGCGCUAUACCCAUCUGAUGAUUUUCUCUGCUCGGAGACAGAGGACACUAGCGAGGACGAUGAUACGUCCGAAUCCAAUUCGUUUAACUCACGCCGGCGCGACUUACAGCGACAAGUACGGGCCAUGCGCCGUCAAUAUGCCAUGGAGCAAGAUGAAAUACCUAGAAAUCGACAUAUUGGAAAUACAACACAGCCAGUUCCACCGAACGCGCCCUCUGCACCACGCUCAGGGCCAAGCUCUCGAUCCAGAAACUUUGAGCUUAUGAAGCCCCUUGCUCAAUUCUUCAUUAAGCGACCUAAGAGUAGCGUCAGCCUCAAAUUCGACCCUCCUCCAUCGGGACGAUACAUUCUGAUCAAACUAUGGAGUCCCUACAACGCAGGCAACAUAGACAUUCAAAGUGUCAUUGCUCAUGGCUAUGCUGGCCCGAGAUUCUUUCCUGCUGCGGGAGUCAGAUAA